AUGUCACAAGAGGAUUCUUCACCUUCUGGAGUAGGAGAACGACAUGUUGACAUUAGCACUUGUUAUCUACCGCAGGAAGAGACAGCACCAGUCUUCUUUGGCAAUAAAUUGGGUUCCGGUUUCAGUAGAUUCACAUUUCAAAAUGAUGUUUGGGCGUAUGGAGUUGUACUUUGGGAGCUGACCACACGUGGACUAACGCCAUAUGACGGCAAGAAAGGGAUUGAAAUUAUUGAAUAUCUACAAUCGGACAAAAGACUGCCAUUGCCUGAAUACUGCCCAGUCCAACUAUAUAAUGAUAUUAUGCUACCAUGUUGGCAUGCUGUUCCUCAGAGUCGUCCAUCUUUUGCUACUCUGCUGGUUUCCCUUAAUGAUCUUGUCAGUUCCAUGGAGAAAACCCAAUCGCAGCAACUUGCUGGCAAUUAUGAACAGCUUUUUCUCAACUAA